CCCAUUUCCAUUUCUCAUCAUGCUUGAAUCCCUAACUUCAAGAUUCAAUCUCCGCCGUUGGAUCAUUCCAAUUCCCAAUCUUUUCUCAUCUUACAAAACUUUAUUUACUCUUUUAUGGCUUAUUGUUUUCACCUCUUUAUUUAUUUGGCAAAGGAAUUUUGUUGAUGGGAUUUUGAUUUUCCGGCGACCCCUUGUUGUUGGACUUCCGGUACCCAAGUUCCGGCCGACGGUUUUUAAUAUUACUGAUUUUGGUGCUGUGGGUGAUGGCCUUACUGUUAAUACUUUGGCUUUCGAAAAGGCGAUUUUUACGAUAUCGAAACUGGGCAAGAAAGGUGGUGGCCAGCUUAAUGUCCCUGCUGGAAGAUGGUUGACUGCUCCCUUUAAUUUGACUAGUUAUAUGACUUUGUUUCUUGCUCAAGAUGCUGUUAUUCUUGGCCUUGAUGAUGAAAGAUUUUGGCCUCUAAUGCCUCCUUUGCCUUCUUAUGGGUAUGGUAGAGAGCAUCCUGGACCCCGAUAUGGGAGUUUGAUUCAUGGUGAGAAUCUUAAAGACGUAGUCAUCACAGGGCAUAACGGUACCAUUGAUGGGCAGGGUCAAAGAUGGUGGAAAAGAUAUCGCCAAAAGCUUCUUAACCAUACAAGAGGUCCACUUGUGCAGAUAAUGUAUUCGAGUGAUAUUUUGAUAUCCAAUAUUACCUUACGUGAUUCACCUUUUUGGACACUACAUCCAUAUGAUUGUAAAAAUGUAACAAUAAGAAAUAUGACAAUCUUGGCUCCCCUUUUUGAGGCCCCAAAUACAGAUGGUAUAGAUCCUGAUUCAUGUGAAGAUAUGGUAAUUGAGGACAGCUACAUAAGUGUUGGUGAUGAUGCCAUUGCAAUAAAAAGUGGUUGGGAUCAAUAUGGUGUUGCUUAUGAUCGCCCUUCAAAAAAUAUUCUUAUCCGAAACCUUGUAGUUCGCUCCAUGGUGAGUGCUGGUAUAUCCAUCGGCAGUGAAAUGUCAGGUGGGGUAUCAAAUGUGACAAUCGAGAAUGUUAUAGUAUUUAACUCGAGGCGUGCUGUUAGAAUCAAGACAGCUGCAGGCAGAGGGGCAUACAUCAGAGACAUCACCUACAGAAAUCUAACGUUUGAAAACGUGAGGGUUGGGAUAAUUAUUAAAACAGAUUACAAUGAGCACCCUGAUGGGGGUUUUGACCCAAAGGCAUUUCCGGUUAUCAGGGGCAUAAGCUAUACUUCCAUCCAUGGUGAAGGAGUGCGUGUGCCUGUUAGAAUACAUGGUAGUGCAGAUAUUCCCGUGAGAAACGUGACGUUUAGGGAUAUGUCAGUAGGGAUCACGUACAAGAAGAAGCAUAUAUUCCAGUGUGCAUAUGUUUCAGGACGGGUGAUAGGAACUAUCUUCCCUAAACCAUGCGAGAAUCUUGAUCUUUAUGACGAACAAGGGGUGCUGGUGAAAAAAUCUGUAUCUGAGAAUGCUUCAGAUAUAGAUUAUGAUAUCUGAUGAUGGUUUUGUUAUCUUUAUCUUUGCGUCUCUUGAGCGCUCAUUAGAGGUGUCAUUGAUGAUACUCCGGGGGCCUUUUUGUUUUUCUUUAUUAAUGUAGGAAUGUUGAUAUAGAGGAAUGUCUGUUGAUUAAAUGUUGUUCAACUGUCCCGCGUUUGUUUUAUUUGUAAUACAUACAUGUUUAUAUAAAAGGAUAGUAUUCAAAUAGUGAAAGCAGGCCUUUUUUUUAA